UCAAAUAAUAAAAAACUACUAGAUAUGCAACAAAUAAUGGGCAUAAAAGCAUCAACUAUUAUGCGAAUAAGUGAUACUCGUUGGGUGUGCAGAUACAACAAUUGUAAGUCUGUUAAAGACAAUUAUGCAGCCAUUCUUAAAAUUUUAAGUGAAGAAAUUAACAAUAACAAUGAUAUGGAUGUAGCACAAGCAAUAGGUAAAUUAAGCUAAUUUAUUCUUUAAAUUAUUAAAAUAAUCAAGCAAGUACCUAUGUAAAUAAUUUUUUAAUAGGGAUCCAAAGUAUGAUGAAAAAGGGAACAUUUAUAGUCUUUUUAUUUUUAUUCCAAGACAUACUUACUAAAAUAAAUAUUUUAAGUACUCAACUUCAAUCAAAAAAAGCUACAUUAGGAAAUUCAGUUAAUUUAAUAAAUGGUAUUAUAAAAACUUUUGAAACUGAUCGCUGUUCUGAUAAAUUUAAAAUAAUUUGGAAAGAUAUAAAAGAAUUUGCUGACAAUUUGGACAUUUCAUUGGACAUCUCUAAAAGUUCAAAGCGUAAAAAGAAAGAGCCAACACAUUUAAGUGAUUUUUGUGUCAGUUUUAAGACUGGGGAAGCAGAUGAUUGUUCUUCUAUCAUUAAAUAUGAUAAUAUGCCUAACGAUGUAGCAAAUUUUGAAUACUGGAAAAUUAAUGCUUAUUUUAAAAUAAUGGAUUGUGUAAUAAAUGGCAUGAAAAAUAGGUUUUCAUUAGAAAGUCUAAAAAUCGGUGUAGGAGUGGAUAAUUUUAUACAAUUAAAAUAUGAAGAAAGUAUUGAGUUUGUUAAUAAGUAUGAGAAAAUAUUAAACAUAAGUCCAGAAAGAUUGAAGGCUGAAAUGAUAGUCUUAAAAAAUAUGAUCAAUAAAGAAAAUUAUGAAAUAUAUGACAUCAUACCAGUUGUAGACAAGAAUAUUUUUCCAAAUUUUUAUAAACUGUUGCAAACUGCACUUACUAUACCAAUAUCAUCUGCCUCGUGUGAACGUUCCUUUUCUGUUAUGAGGCGAAUAAAAAAUUGGACUAGAAAUACCAUGACAAAUGAUAGGUUUACAAACUUGUCAAUACUUCACAUCGAAAGAGACUUAUCACAUGCAAUAGAAUCUGAAAAUGUACUUAAUAUUUUUUCAGAAAAACACAGGCGCCUAUGUUUGAUUUAA